AUGCUGGGCGCUGCCCGCGCCGCCGCUCGCGCCAUCCGCCGUGCCUUGGUCGAAGAUGACAUCUAUGCCGCACAAAGAACUCUCAGCGCUUACCAGGGCCCCUCACGUCUCCCACUCACCGCCUUGGUCCAUGGCACCAUUCGCACUCGCAGACCCAUGGCAGCUGCCAUCGCCAUAGAAUCACAUCUUGCAAAUGCCAAAUCUCUUCCCGUCCCUACUCUCCAGGCAUACAUAUCCGCCUUACCUCUCCUGGCAGCCGCCCGUCGCUCGCGCCAACAACAGCGUACCACACACAUGUACGAUGCUGCCAUCCGUGCGUGUCUCAUUCAAGGCGAAAUCAUCACUGGCUCCCUUCUCUUCGUCCUGCUGGUCAGAGAUUGGCAACGCCGUCACCGGGACCCUCCGGUCGAUCCCCCUGAUCCAGCACCUGAUCCCGCCCCAACCACACCCAGCCCUCUCGAGAAAUGGGACCGAUCGUUUCCUACUGCAUUUACCUCGCCUAUACCCCCCGACGCCCCCAUCCCUCCUUUUCCCUCUCCCCAUAUAAUGGAAGCCAUCAUCUCCGCCUUGGAUCUUCGCCCCAAACCCAAUCCUCAGACCACCCACGACUUGCCUCCCGGUCGCCCACCCGACUCGAUACUUGCUCUGGCACACUUGACGCGCAUAUUUUCCGACCGUGCUCUGCCCUUUUCGCGAUACGCUUCCUUGUUGAAUGCACUUGCUCGGACACCUCCCAUGGCUGACAAGGUCGAAACUUACUUUCAUGGCAUACUCAGGCAAACUUGUCAUAAUCCUCCGCUCAUGGACACACGCUCCUACAAUGUCUUGAUCAACUAUUCUCUCAGCGUCGUUCGAAAACCUGGCUGGGCUGAACGACUUGUCGAACACAUGAGUACUAUUCGGAGCCCUCCAUUAAGGAUCACAGACGCGACUCGGGCGAUCAUCACUCAUGCGCGAGGACAUUCCACCAGGCUCCCUUCCAACUCGGCCCCACCUGCGCCUCCUUCGACCCCACUAUAUGCUCUUGUUGAUCUACCAAAAGACCCACCUUCUUGCGCGCAUAUUCACAAUUUGACAUCGCUUGGAACUCCAACCCAAGUGCUCCAGUUGGGGAACACUCUAUUACCUAACCUGCACAUCCCGCCAACGAGUAUCAACCCCCGUACCAAGCACACCCUUGAAUGCGUACUCAGGAUUGGCCCAACGGCUCUAACCUCGAUCUUGAAUGCGUUGUGUAAAUCGGGAAAAACAGGUCUUGCGGAACGGGUCCACCGACUAGGCGUCCUUGCCGAACAAAUCCCCGCGCUUUCAUCCUACCUCUCGCGUUUCACACCACAAUUGUCCAACUCCAAAGCCAUCGUAGAUGCUGGGACUCUUCUAGCCCCUACUCCAGCACUAGCCAAAUCCUCAGUCGAAGGGUGGGGAUACGACGUUCAGACCCCGGGUGGACGAACUCAUCGUGGGAUCAAGCGAUGGGCUUUAGCAAGAAGCGCAGCGGCUCAUGUAUACCUCACAUACAUCCGCCCUCGUCUCCUAUUUCCCUUCUCAAAUCCAAUCCAAUCCCAAUCGCAACCCCAGUACAUUCCAGACGCGCGGUUAUAUAAUUCCCUAUUUGACGUAUUCGGUCGCCGCCCAAACAUGCUCCUCCGCACUCACCUUUCCAAAAUCACUCGCGCGCGAAAUCGCAGAGCGAGCACAAAGACCGGAAUUCCAAGCCAGACAGACGCGUUUGUCCAAGUGCUGGUAAAAGACAUGGUAGCGGUCGGAAUGAAAGAGGACGUACCCGGCGGAUGGAGCCACUUUAUCCCCAUCGACUACGCCGCGUUCGACUACUCGUCUCGAACGUCCUGGAAACUGCGUAUCGUAUGCGGCAUCCAGCGGCGCCGAGCGGGAGGUGGAAAGUCCACGAAACCCGGAUGCGUAUGCGGUUCCGCCCGCGUUUACGUGCUAGCAUCUGGGCGCGUCUUGCUCCGUACAGAAAGGGAACAGUUUAUGCAGUCCCUGAACUAUGUGCGGGCUAAACCGCAAAGACAACGUGCGCAACAGCUGGUCAACCUCGAAAAGGCACUUCGUCGGAACUGGCUCAGCGCGAAAAGGAAUUGGAAAGGAGAUCAAGACGCACGAGGGCGGAGAUGCAGCGCGCGAUGGCACGAUUUGACGUGCGAGAAAUUCCGAGAAGUACCCACCAAACGAGUCCGGGAUAUAUGGCUUUUCGUGCAAGACAAGGUCAAAGAGCUCGCAAAAAUCAAGCGCAUGGCAGCUAGGGAGGGUGAAGUUCGCGUAGGAGGUGGUCGAUACAAGAGGCGACGACAAGUCCUCAAGCCAUCGAUCGGUAACCCCUCUUCGAAAGUUACCGGAAUUCUCCCCCAGUCCCAGGGAAAGGAUACCCUACCUUCACCGCGAGAGACUACGCCACCAUCCGCAAAGAUUGCGGGUCUAGGAAAUGUACCUUCUGCCCGACCUCGAAGUAAACACCGAAAGCCCCGUCGGCACUCGUAG